AUUACACCGUCAGUUCAAGUUUGUCAGUUACGGUGAACGCUCAAGUCUAGUUAAUAAUAUCGUCUUCAGUGUUAAAAUCAUUCAAAUCAUAACAAAAAUGACGUCGAUAAAAAUCCCUGACAUUGUGCUUUCUAGCGGCCAAAAAAUGCCCAUUUUGGGACUAGGAACGGUAAUGUUUGGCGAAGAUAAGAAUAAAACGUACCAAGCAGUUCGUGAAGCAAUCAAUGCCGGUUAUCGUCUAAUUGACACGGCUGCUAUGUAUCAAACAGAGCCCGAAAUCGGUCGUGCCAUUAAGGACUCGAUCGUCGACGGUGAGAUUACUCGCGAUCAGCUAUUUAUUGUCACCAAAGUGUGGACUGACUCGUUGAAACGUGACAAGGUCUUAGAAUCAGCAAAGGCGUCUUGUGAACGGCUAGGCUUAGAUUAUGUUGAUCUGUUGCUUGUCCACACACCAAUGCCAACAAUUCCUGGAAAGUCAUUCGAACCGGAUAACGAUGUAGAUAUUUACAACGAGACAUGGAAAGGAAUGGAAGACGCGCAGAAAGCUGGUUUCACUAAAUCUAUUGGAGUUUCGAACUACAAUGCCAAACAGAUAGACGAAACAAUCAAGGUAGCUGAAAUAAAACCGGUUGUGAACGAGGUUGAGUCUCAUCCGCUUCUCAAUCAGAGUAAACUUCAAGCGCAUUGCGAAUCGCGUGGCAUCAAACUUAUCGCGUACUCCCCGCUCGGUGGUACUCCACGAAAAAGCGAUAUGUCAACAACAGUUACCGAUCAGAAUGUCCGCAAUCAACUGGUUAACAACGAUUUAGUUAAGAAAUUAGCCGAAAAAUAUGGUAAAUCACCGGCACAAAUUUUGAUCAAAUAUCAUCCGGCUCGUGGAUUGAUUGUCAUUCCGAAAUCAGUGACAAAAGAACGAAUUGAACAGAAUGCGAAUAUAUUUGAUUUUGACUUGACGGAACAGGAAAUCGAACAAUUGAAUGCUUUGCAUAACGGAACCCGUUAUUUACACUUCAAAACAUCUUCAAUUGUCAAUCACAAGAAUUUCCCUUUCCACGACGAGUACUAAAUGUUGUCCUUGAUUUUGUUCAUGUUAUUCAAUAAAUGAAACGUAUUUCAAAUGUUUCAAGAAACUAACUGUUUGUAUGUAACAGCCAGGACCACAAUCUGAUAAAAUUUCCAUUUGUUUUUUACGUUCCGCAUAUGCCUCA